CUUUCAUAACAAGGAAAUGACGGUGUUAUGUUUGCGUAAAGAUUAAAUUAUUAACUGAAAAGAUAUUAAACAGCCUGCAGAAAUAUUGUACCAACUUUAACCGUGGUAAAGAUGGCUUCAUCUGUGGCCAACAGAGCUGUAGGAGCCAUUGUAGGAUCAGCUGUUGCAGAUGCUGCAGCACAGCCCCUGCAUUGGAUAUACGAUCUUCAGAAGCUGAAAGAGAUUUUGGCUCAAGAUCCAAACCCUGAAUUUCGCCCUGAGUCUGCCAACCCGUUUUACAGGAGGCAGACAGGCCAGCAGAGCUGCUACGGAGACCAGGCUUACGUCCUGCUAGAGUCCCUGUCAGAAUGUGGAGGUCUAAAUGUUGAUGAUUUGAAGCAGCGUACUCUGAAAUACUUUGGACCGGGAUCAGAGUAUGACACACCCGUCAAUGAUCCUUACCGAGACAGAGGAGGACCAAGACCUCAGCUGCCUAUCGAUGGACCAUGGAGACAAGCAAGUCUGAAGAGUUUCCUCAAAAAUGUUGAUGCUGGAAAAGAGGAGACAGGCUGUGAGACCGACUGUCAGAUUGAUGGCAUAGCCAAACUGGCUCCUAUAGUGGCGUUUUAUGCAGGACAGCCGGACAUGCUGGACAAGGUUGAACAGGCUGUUCGAGUCACCCAAAACAACGAUGAAUGRGUGGCAGAAACUCUGGCAGCAGCAAGGUUUCUGGAACAUUUCAUCCUGAAUGGUCCAGACCCGAAGGUUUUGGAGGUGGUUCUGACUCAGCUCAGCGACCUGAACAGGAAACAGCCUCAGGAUCUAGACAGAGCAGUCACUGGGCACAUUCAUCAGGUGAAGGAGAAUUUAUCAAGGUCUCCUCAGGAAUUAAUCCCCACCGUGUUUCCGAACACCUGAGGUUUACCAGGUGCGUUCCAGGCAGCGCUGCARGGAGUCCUGACGGCCAGACAUUUUGAGACGGCCAUCAGGGACACCAUGAGCUGUGGGGGAUGCACCUGCAGCAGAGCYUCCUUCAUUGGAGCAUGUCUUGGAGCGCAGAUUGGGCUGGAGGGAAUUCCAGCAUCUUGGAUCAGCAGAACUCUGCGACUCAACUCGGUGCUGGAACAUGGCAAGAGGAUUACCGAGCACCACCCGUAAUCAGACUGAAGACAGGAACGUCCUGAACAACUGUUGUGCUUUAGCAGGGCUGUGAAUGAAGGCUUUUGUCUAAAUGUAUGAAUGACAGAAGCCAGAUGUUUUUGAUUCUGUUAAAGUUAGACAUGUUGCUUCAGAUGUACGCUGACUUUUGUGUUUUUCCACCACAUUAAUCAUCAACAAAUUGCAUUCCUUCUGCUUCUUCUUGUUUCAGCUUUUCUCUUUUCAGGGGUCGCCACAACGUGUCAUCCUGCUCCACCUCACUCUGUCCUUUGAAUUUACUUUACAAUAAUUACAGGAAAUCUGUGAUUCCCUUCUGACUCUUUUUGAUUACCUGUAAAAUAUCAUUCAGCAUUUUAAAAUGACACCUUGGACUUCAUAAGUAUUGUUUUACAUCUACAUUAACACAACAUACCUUGAGUGUCAGGCUGGAAUCAUUAAAAAAAUACUCAUAAUUUUCA